GUUCCUUCGUCUGAUCCUUAACUUGUCGGUUUAUUUACUUACUUUCCGUUUUUCAAGAUUUUCUCUUUUAUUUUCCUUCCUUUUUUCCCUUCGUUUCUUUUUCUUUGAUUUUGAUCAUCAAAAAAGGCUUCUUUCAUAACACAAGCUUUCCUUCAACUUCCAAAGAUUCGUUCUAAAAGAGGGACCAAAAAGAAAGAUGGUUUGUUUGCAAGGACCGGUGAUUUGCCCCGCCGUUGAUAGCAAGCAAGUUGGGGUUUAUACGCUGCCGUUUAAUGGGCCUUUUCCGAGGACUAGAUUGCAUCGAAGUGAUAUAUGGGGAUAUAGAGGGAUAGUUGACGGAAAAGGUAAGCCACGUGGCAUUUCCGGUCACCUGAAACGGCGGAGGAGGUUUAACACCACGGUGCAGUGUAUUUUUAGUUCAUCUUCCGAUGGGAAUGGCAGUAUGGCUGAGAAUUUCAAUGAGAACAAUGAAGAUUAUGUUAAUUCUAGUGUGGUUGAAGCUGUUGAGGUGAGGAGUGGAGCUGAUGGAUUUAUGAUCAAAAUGAGGGAUGGUAAGCAUUUAAGAUGUGUCCAUAACAAUCCUCAAGGUGGUCAUCUCCCGGAUUAUGCACCGCAUCCUGCUAUCGUUCUGAAGAUGGAAGAUGGGACCGGUCUUCUUCUCCCGAUCAUUGUUUUGGAGAUGCCGAGUGCGUUGCUCAUGGCAGCAUUACGUAAUGUCCAAAUCGCUAGACCUACUAUGUAUCAAGUAGUGAAGAACAUGAUUGACAAGAUGGGCUACACGGUAAAGCUUGUUCGAGUUACUAAAAGAGUACACGAGGCCUAUUUUGCACAGCUUUAUCUGACCAAGGUUGGUGAUGAGACAGAGUCUGUCUGUUUUGACCUUAGGCCUUCUGAUGCCAUCAACAUUGCCGUGAGGUGCAAGGUACCUAUACAAGUUAACAAGUACUUGGCAUACAGUGACGGUAUGCGCGUAAUCGAACCAGGGAAGUUGUCAACACAGUCCCCAGCUUCAGACGGCUUAUUAUUCGCCGAACUUGAUCAGCCAAGCGGUCAGCAUUGCCUCGACACAGAGGAGUUCAACAUUGUCUGUAACUUAAACAAGGCUAUCAAUCAGGAACGCUACAAGGAUGCCGCCGACUUGAGAGACAAGCUAGGUCAGUUUCGAGCUCAAAGGAACUUGAAGAAAUAUACGUGACAGUCGUUCCAUUGGCGACUCCGAUUGUAAAUAGGAAUUAUUGUUGGAAGCCGAUAAACUCAGCUGGGCAGUGGCAACAUACGGUAGCGAAGCAAUCAGUUCGGUUAUAUAUAUGUUUAUCUUCUACCAAAUAUGUAAGGGGGGAAGUAUGUAAAUAUAUGUGUAGAUACAUACAUUUACGAAAAAUGGGAUGUAAUAUGCUAGAUUAAGCUCGUUGGUUUAUGCUUAUCAAUUUAUAAUGCUGUUUUUAAUACUAAAAAUGGAUAAAAUUUUACUUUCUGAUUUAA